UCAAAAAAAAAAAAAAAAAAAAAGAAGAAGAAACCUCUCUCGUUUGAUCCGUAUGGAAAAUCGAUUCAAGCUAAGAAUCUCUCGCAUGUUUCGAUCCUCGUUUGCCUCUUGUCGGACCCGGAACAUGUCGGACGUUAUUGAGAAACCUGUUUUUUCACCUGAAAAGCACAACAGCUUCCAUUUGGUCGAGCCAUUUUCGUCGUCGCCACCACCCAAGUCUCGACCCUUCCCUUCCGUUUCUAAACCCAGAGACGCCAUCAAUGCUCCUAAAGAAUCUCUUCCCAGACGUAAAUCGUCAGCUCGUUAUCCCUCUUAUAUAGUCUCCGCCGCCGAUUUCGACGGCCGAAAGUGUCCGCCGCCUGCUUCUCCUAUGAUGCCUUUGAAUCUCUUCUCCGACUGUAAGGACUUUGGUUUCUAUGAGAAAAAGAAAAGCUUACCCAGAAACAAGAAAAAGAAGAACAACAAAAGGGUUCAUAUUAAAAGCAAGUAUAUGUCUUCCACCGCAGCAUUUUUCAGUUCAUCUGUUGCUUACAACAGUAAUACUUAUUACGGUGGGUGGUGGUUUAGCAGUGAAGAUGAAACCGACACUCUUUUCUCUUCAAGGACUCGCUCGUCGGAUUCAUCCGAGUCUCUCCGACAGCAUUCUAAUUGCCGUAAAAGGUGCAAAGUUCGUCGUAGAAGAGGUAGAAGCUCCGACAUGGGGAUGGGAGUUUUACCCCUGGAAGGAGGAACCGAUAAAGUCAAAGACAGCUUCGCCGUAGUGAAAAGUUCUAGCGAUCCCUACAAUGAUUUCAGGACAUCAAUGGUGGAAAUGAUCGUUGAGAGACAGAUAUUCGCAACAAAAGAUCUGGAACAACUGUUACAGUGUUUCCUGUCACUGAACUCUCAUCACCACCAUAGCAUAAUUGUUGAGGUUUUUACAGAGAUUUGGGAGACUUUGUUCUCUUGAAAUGCACAGUCCGAAGAGAAAGUUGAAAACUUUGCUCGUUUUCGCUUUUGUUUAUUUCGCUACCAGUAGUUUUUAAAUUAGAAUUUAGAGUUCUAACUCCGAAUUAACGUUGUUAAUUAAAAGAGAAGUUGAAAACAUUGCUGGUUUUCUUUGUUCUUUGCUUUGUCUUGUCUACAGCAUGGAUCAAUGAAUGUAUAUGACUUUUUUUUUU